CUCGGUGGCUUGGUAUUCUGUUUCUAAUUCAGCGUUAUGGAUUAGCAGAAGGUGACAGGAAAGCAAUCCUAAAUCCCCUUUGUUGUGCGCUGAUCUGGAUUAAGCAGUGAAGAGACAAAGAUUCGUCACAGUAAGAGGAGCAGAAAAAAGCGACGAUGGACACCAACAUGCGGAAAUUUGCGGUUCGGCGGUUCUUUUCUGUUUACAUGCGCAAGAAGUCACGAUCUAAAAGCUCGAGUCUCUGCAAAUUGGAGGAUGAAGGCAUUCUCAAAGAAAUCGACAUCAGCCACCAUGUAAAAGAGGGCUUUGAGAAAGCUGAUCCUUCACAGUUUGAACUGCUCAAAGUAUUAGGUCAAGGUUCCUAUGGAAAGGUGUUCUUGGUGAGGAAGACCAAAGGGCCCGACACAGGGCAGCUCUACGCCAUGAAAGUGCUGAAGAAAGCCACACUGAAAGUGCGGGACCAGGUGCGAUCCAAGAUGGAGAGAGACAUUCUGGCAGAAGUCAACCAUCCCUUUAUCGUGAAACUGCAUUACGCCUUCCAGACAGAGGGGAAGCUAUAUCUCAUUCUAGACUUUUUAAGAGGGGGGGACCUCUUCACUCGGCUCUCCAAAGAGGUGAUGUUUACAGAAGAGGAUGUGAAGUUCUACUUGGCUGAGCUGGCCCUGGCUUUAGACCAUCUCCACAGUCUGGGCAUCAUCUACAGAGACCUCAAACCAGAGAACAUACUUCUGGAUGAAGAGGGACAUAUUAAAGUCACAGAUUUUGGCCUGAGCAAAGAGGCAAUCGAUCACGACAAACGAGCGUACUCUUUCUGCGGCACCAUUGAGUACAUGGCCCCUGAGGUGGUGAACAGGAGAGGACACACGCAGAGCGCAGACUGGUGGUCCUUUGGUGUGUUAAUGUUUGAAAUGCUGACGGGAUCGUUGCCCUUUCAAGGCAAAGACCGCAAGGAGACCAUGGCUCUGAUUCUUAAGGCAAAGCUGGGUAUGCCUCAAUUUCUAAGCCCUGAAGUGCAAAGUUUGUUACGCGCACUUUUUAAAAGGAAUCCUGCUAAUAGACUGGGUGCCGGGACAGAUGGAGUGGAGGAAAUCAAAAGGCAUCAUUUUUUCAGCACAAUAGACUGGAAUAAACUGUUCAGGAGAGAAAUCAAGCCACCAUUUAAGCCCGCUGUGGGGAGACCAGAGGACACCUUCCACUUUGACCCUGAGUUCACCUCACGGACACCAACAGAUUCCCCGGGGGUCGCCCCCAGCUCCAACGCCCACCAGCUCUUCCGCGGGUUCAGCUUUGUGGCCACAAACCUUGAUCAGGAGCUCUCACAGUCCGACCAAAACACUGUCAACCCUAUUAGCACGGUCCUGCAACUACAUGGAACUAACAUCCAUUUCACGGAUGGCUAUGAAAUGAAGGAGGACGUUGGCGUUGGAGCUUAUUCCAUUUGUAAGCGUUGUAUUCACAAAAUUACCAGCGUGGAGUACGCAGUCAAGAUCAUAGACAGAGCGAGGAGGAAUCCCACAGAAGAGAUCGAGAUCCUGCUGAGAUACGGACAGCAUCCCAACAUCAUAACUCUAAAGGAUGUGUAUGAUGAUGGAAAGUAUGUGUACCUGGUGAUGGAGCUAAUGAGGGGCGGGGAGCUUUUGGACCGGAUCCUGCGGCAGAAGUGCUUCUCCGAGCGGGAGGCCAGCGCUGUUCUCUGCACCAUCACCAAAACCGUGGAGUAUCUGCACUCACAGGGGGUUGUCCAUCGAGACCUGAAGCCAAGCAACAUCCUCUAUGUGGAUGAAACGGGAGACCCCGAGUCUAUCCGCAUUUGUGAUUUUGGGUUUGCGAAGCAGCUGCGGGCUGAAAACGGCCUGCUCAUGACGCCUUGCUACACAGCAAACUUUGUGGCCCCGGAGGUGCUGAAGAGGCAGGGGUAUGAUGCAGCCUGUGACAUCUGGAGUUUGGGGAUAUUGUUGUACACAAUGCUUGCAGGGUUCACCCCGUUCGCUAACGGCCCUGACGACACUCCAGAGGAAAUUCUGGCACGUAUCGGCAGUGGAAAGUACGCUCUCUCAGGGGGAAACUGGGACACGGUGUCUGAAGCUGCCAAGGACAUCGUGUCUAAAAUGCUCCAUGUUGACCCCCACCAGCGGCUGACCGCCCCGCAGGUCCUCAGACACCCCUGGAUCGUGAACAGAGAGCAUCUUUCACAGAACCAGCUCAUCAGACAGGACGUACAGCUGGUGAAGGGAGCGAUGGCUGCUACAUACUUUGCUCUGAAUCGAUCCCCUCAGGCCCCAAAGUUAGAACCCGUGCUGUCAUCUGGCCUGGCCCAGAGACGAGGGAUGAAGAGGCUCACGUCCACACGCUUGUAGCACAUGCUCAAUAGACAAUGACCAACAAAGUGCCCUCACAUUUCCUAUUAUUCCUAGUAUUGGCUUAAGAGUCACACCCAGUGGCUACAUUGUCUGAAGCGGUCCAGUGGAAUAUUGAUAUCCAUGACAGAAGUGUGCAAAAACAGGGAUUCAGCCACAUUAUUGAAUGCGAUUACCUUUUUGUCAGGUAUUGCUCCCGAGACAUCAUCUUGACCAUUUUCGUUAUCUGUACAGGUAUGACUUUGAGCCCAAACAUGAUAGACAAAAGAUUUCCACAGUAACGUAAACUCACCUUGUUCCAAACAGUGCAACUUUCAUGACGAAUAACUAAAAAAUUACUUCCAGAUCAGCUUUGGUUUUUGUGUGUGUAAAGUAUAAUUCCUUCCGUUUUCAUAAAAACUUGGUACGAGUCACGUACGCGAUCCAUUUCAGCAUACAGUGGCGUGGUAAUAGUGCUCCACUGUGACAUUGUGGUGGGGAGAAACUACGAACCGGGCAGGUUUAUACGGUGGUGUUCGGACCAUCGUGAGCUAACCCGGUCUUCCAAAUGCAGGGACAUUUUGCAGUUAUUUGUCAUUUUCUCUACAAUUAUUGGUGCAAUUCACAUCAAUCAAAGGGUUUUAGUGUCUGGGAUAGUCA